AUGGAAGUCUUCCGGAAUUCGCCUCCUCCUUGGAUUUUUGCCUUGGCGUAGUGCUGGUCAAGUGGGUUAUUUAGGGAGGGAACAGCAAAAACCAACCCUAUACAUUUGGGGAAAUAGCAAAAGGAAGAACCUAGUCAAGCAAAACAGUCGGGUUCCACUUAUAAAUAGAAUAUAUAUAGUAUCCAAAACCAUUUGCAAUUUUAUUAUAUAUAGAAUAUAUAUAGUAUCCAAAACCAUUUGCACCGCAACGGCUAGACAGGAGAUCUAGGCUAAAAGAUUGGGCAAACGCGCAACGGCUAGACUGAGAUCUAGGCUAAAAGAUUGGGCAAGUACAUAAGGUUUUCCUGUAGGGACCGGGAUUUGUUGCCUUCUCGUAGAAGGUCUUCCUAUGGGGACCUGGAUUCGUUUCCUUUUCGUCAAGCCCAAAAUAAGCUGAUUGGGUAUCAAAAUUUCCUAAUUAGCAAGUCAAAAAAGGUGUUUGGGUAUAUCCCAGAGUGACUUGGCCCGUAAUUAGUAUAAACGAUAAAGAUAGAACAUUAGAAUUUUUUAUCUUUCUUAAUUUAGAGAGGUCACCAAACUCAUGUUGAAUAAUAGAUGA